AUGUCCUCGUCCAGAGUUGUCGCAACCAGUGAGGAUCCCCGUAGAAUGUCCAAAUCAUCUUCGAACGCCUUCCUGACUACCGCUCAAUCCCCCCGCAGACGACAUGCCCUCCUCGUCCUGCACAUACCAUCGAAUGUUAUGUUCCAGGUCGCGAUGAUCGAGUUGUACUGUCAGGGCACAACUGCGGUAUCCUGUUUCCCGCAGAUGAUAGGCGCGUGGGGAAGUGCGGAGGCGUUGGAGGUACAUGCACCCGUGACAGCCGCCCCCAUCUCCCAGGCCAAAGGCAUGAAGAACAGCCCCGUCGCCCUCGUGUUCGUCGGCAGCAGCUUGGUGGUCUACUUCUUCGGCCCCGCCGGCGCCGGCGACGACCCGAACGCCUCGCCCGUGUACCGCGCUGUGACGUCGGACCUGUCGACCUUCGUCUUCACGUCAUUAACGAACGCGCCGUCGCCCAAUGUGUACAUGCAGCUGACCACCUUCUCUGACCCCGCCCCUAAUAACGGCGGGCUAGGUACAGUUAUCCUGACGCACGUCCAGAACGAUAGCAACCGACUUGUUAGCCGGGAGGACGACUAUCUAAGUUUAAGACUCUCGGGACGCAGCUUAGAUGGCGGAGGGUCUGGCCGUAUUUAUAUCUGUAUUGGGCAGCCUCUUGCCGUUGCUGUUGCUAGUUAA